GCGGAAGUGACGAACAUACAAACCGGAGCAAAACAUUCCCAUGUGGGACCUGCGCGGUGAGAUACCAGAGUUUACUUCGACAAUACUUCGCUAUCGACACGAAGACAGGCUUCGGGCGUGGAAAAAAAUGAACGAACCGGGACACUUUCCUCCGCCGGACUUCGGUUGCCCCCCUCCGAACUCCAUCCAGCACCAACAGCAGCCCCGCUCCAGCAGCUUCCACCCCAGCAUGUGGAGCUGGUCCGAUGCACCUUCGCAACCCAGCUGGGGCCACUGGGGCCAGGUCGGGUGGAAUCACUGGGAAGCAGGAGGGUCAGACCGUGGGAACUAUGCACAUGGUGAGUCACACAAAUGCAGGCAACAAAAAUGUACUUUCACACGUUAAAUUCGCUCAUGUUUGAUGUUUUGUCAUCCUGAUCAGGUCAAAACUCCGGUCGUGAAUGGCAUCAAGGUGGAUAUCGAGGUGGAUGGCAAAAUCAUGGAGGCCCUCACAGUCAUGGGAAGAAGGUAACAUUGGGUCACAUUAAAGGUGGAAGAAGUUGUGAAAAUACUAAUCUUUCUGUCAUUUUCUUACAUCACGAAAACCUGGUAGUUGAACAGGGCUGUGUAGACUUUUUCUAUCCACUGUAGUGUCAGAGAUUACAGCAAUGACCUUAGCCAGCAGUUUUUACCAUAGAACCCCAUCAGAAUGAGUGAUUUAUUUGUAACACCCAGCAGAAAAAUAAGAAGGAGCCAGAGUUUUCCCACUUCUGUGACACCUGUGAUCGUGGCUUCAAGAACCAGGAGAAGUAUGACGAACAUGUUUCACAACAUGUCAAGGUAAUUACUCAACUCAACUUUAUUUGUAAAGCACUUUAAAACAAUCACAGCUGAACAAAGUGCUGUACAUAAAUAGACAAAACAAUGCAGACAUUAAAAAAACAAUGGAUAAAAUAAAAGUAGAUAUUAAAACAUAACUAUUAAGCGAGAUAAACGAUAUUAAAACAAUUACUAACUUUUCAAAUCAAUCUCCUUUAUAGUGCUCUGUGCCUGACUGCAGCUUCAUGGCACAUGAAAAGAUGGUCAACAUCCACUGGAAGAAUGUGAGUAAAAAAAAACACAAAGUUGAUUUACUUCAUGUUUUCUUUAUUGUUUUUACCGUUUUAAUAUUCUGUCUGUAGAACCAUGCACCAGGAGCCAAAAGAAUCAAGCUGGACACACCAGAUGAGAUUGCAAAAUGGAGGGACGAGAGACGCAGGUUAGUACUAUCCGUUGAGGCUGAUGCAUGAACCUAGAUUACCACAAUGUUAAUAUAAUACCAAGUUUUGAUCUGAGUGUUAUUUUCUUCUUCUCUUAUUUUCUAGAAACUAUCCAACUCUAUCAAAUAUAGAAAAGAAGAGAAAGGUGAUGGAGGUUCGGGAGCAGACGGGAGCGGUGUUAGACACAGCUCAGUUUGGGUAAAAGAGCCAAUUUGAUGUUUAAAUCAUGCCCCUGAAGAGCAUAUGUACAGAGUUUUAGACUUUGUAACAUGUAUUCACAGUCGAAUGCGAGGUAGAGGAAGAGGAAGAGGUCGUGGCUGGGGGAACAGAGGUUUCCAUGGGCAACGCCACAGAGGCCCUCACCCGCCAGACAGCAGUGCUACAGAGAGACCUCCACCCCUUACUCAGCCCAGUAAGCAGGGGGAUCCAUUAGGAGCUCUGGCUGAUAGUGACCAUGGCGAGUGACUUCCCUUUGAGCUCUUUAUCACACUUUUUUAGAUCUUACCAUUUCCAUGGUUUGUAUUCAAGCAACAUUAAAAAACAGGAAUGCUAACUCCUCAUGUGCUUCCAGAUUCUGACAGAGAGGACACAGCUGCUGAGUCAAGGACAGGUGUUGUAGUCGUGGCACCUAAACAGAUGAGCUCAGCUCUGGGAUCCCUGAUGGCAAACUAUGGCUCUUGUACAGAGAGUGAAAGUGAUGGAGAACCAGAUGGUGAGUUUGUCCUUUAUGUGUUACAGAAUAAACAUACACAGGUUUCAAUGGCCCAAUGAGGGACUAAUUAUGAAGCAAUUUAAGGUACAGAAAACACCAUCGGCACCGCCCACCUAGCUUUUCCUACCUAGUUUUUCCUACCUGUAUCACCUCUGCUUUUAUGGUACCUCUACUGUUGAUGACCAUCCUGCAGUUAGCAUUUUUUACUUGCAUUUUCAAUAUCCUUUUCCCCUUCAAUUUAGCCAUUCCCAUCCAGAAAGCCGGUACGGACCCGGUACAAGAAAACAAACCGCUCUUAAACAUGACACCGCAACCAUUCCAAGGAAGAGCUCCAUCUUCAGGCCAGGAGGGCUUUUCCCGGGGUACAGAAACUCCCAAAGCAUCCCAGUCUGACCGUGCCCUUCAUACACCUCACAACAGACAAGGAAGAGGGGGAAGGGGAGGAAGGGGUGGCAGAGGAAGGCACCAAGCUACUCCACAGACACGUCGGCCAACUCUGCUUGAGAUGGUAAGGAGAGAAGUCCAAGACUAUGAAUUCAGAAUUAAAAGAUUUGUGAAAAUAACAAAUCGUCUUACCCUCUCUGUCUGCCUUUUGUUGUUUUUAGUUACUGGCCUCAGAUAUCCGCCAUGAGAGGAAUCUGCUGCUGCAGUGUGUGCGCUAUGUCGUCCAAAACAACUUCUUUGGACUAGAGGGCAAAGACAAGGAAGGGGAAAGAAAAAACAAAGCAACUGUGAUCCACACUGGAGAUCAGAAAGGGGGGCAUGAAAAUGAAUUAGAACAAGCCACAGCCCCCUCACCAGUAAGUAAAGAGAGAAGUUCAGUCGAUGUUGGUCAUCAAAAGGAUUCAAACACAACUUUCCAGAGUGAUAAGAUAUGCACAGAACCACUUAAGGAUUGCGUGGACUCAGCAGUGAGUGCAGGAGAUUUCCCCCACAGUGCCGAAGAGAAAACAACAAAAGACUAUCACAGAAUGGAUGUUUCAACCGCAGAUACUCCCAAUAUUUAUGAUGAUGAAAUAUGGGAGAGCCCUGCUGCUUUUGUAUAAAGACAGAAAUGUAUGGACUUUAUUUUUUUUGGUUAUACUUUAAGAGUCUGUUUUUUUUUUAUUUUUCUUUGUGAUGAUCAGUUGAUUAAAGCCUCUGAGAUGGAUAUUUACUUUGAGUUCAUUUUUAACACAGAUGAGUACAUAAUUGGUAAAGGAAGACGCUGAAAAUUGGCGGGGAGUGUGCCUGCCUGUCAGUCAAGUCAGCCAUGCCAGUGAUUUUGAUACUCAUAAAAGUGUUAGUCCAUCUUGACCAAUCGUUUUACAAAUACAUAAACUCCUAUUUGAUAAAGAAA